GAGAAACCUCGAGACUCUAGAAUGCUAGAAUGUUUUUCUUUGUGAUUCUUGUGUUGCUGUCCUGCACUGAGGCUGAAGGGCUCCAACAUGUGUUUCUCCUCCAUGGAAAGGACUUACACCUGGAUAUAAAGAAAUCUGUUGUACUAGACAAAAAAACUGAUUUGAUCUGGAGAUUUAAUGAAACUAACAAUGUAGCUAAAUGCUAUUUUAAUAAUGAUCCAGUCAUGUUUGACAAAUAUGCAGGAAGGGCUGAGGUCUUUGGACAAAAUUACUCUUUGCUAUUAAAGAAUGUACAACACAGUGACAGUGGAGAUUAUACUGCAGUCUUGUUUGGGGCACAAGACCAAAAGGUAGCUGAAUACAAGGUCAUAAUCCAAGAUCCAGUGUCUCCAGUUAACCUGACAGUGGACUCUGUGUCCAGCAGUUCAGACUCCUGUAAUCUCAUUGUGACCUGCAGCACAGUGGAUUCUCAAAUCAGCAGCAUUUUCACAUGUGAUGCCCAAAACUGCUCUCUGGUAGAAAAAGGAAGCUUUAAAGCCCAAAACUAUUCUUCCAGUCUCGUUGUCUAUUUGCAGCAAAGCUUCAUCAUCUGUAAUCACAGCAACCAAGUCAGCAUGGAACAGACUAAGAAGGACAUUAAACUUUAUUGCAAGGAAAAACCAGGUAUCUCCAUCUGUGUGGUGAAGACAGUCGUGUUCUCUGUUGGUCUGAUCAUCAUGGUGAUUGCUGUCAUCAGUGUCCACAUUAUGGAGAAGAUUAAGAAGCGAAAAUAAAGAAGAGGCUUUCCACUUACA